UGUUAGUCUCGAGGGAGGCCAGACAGCUGUCACACCGGAUCGCCGCGAGUGGCAAAGUCGCACCAUGUCGCCCAUUCCUGAGAUAGAAUGGCGAGCAGGGAUGUGAAACACAGAGAAGGUGUCCGUCCCCUCGCCGGGACGGAGGUGGCUGACUUCCUGCUGGAUCAGCCUCUGGGAUCCAAGACCCCGAUCGUCCCCGGAGUUCGCACCACUUUCUACACCACCAGCCUCUGCGAGAGGCUGCAUCAGGACAGCGCGGAUUUUGUGCUGACCGACCCCAGUGGCCGGCUGCUGCACAGCACCUACAACAGCCUGCACGACCCCAACCUGAAGCAGUUCUUCAGCCAGCGCGACCGGCAGCGCCUGCUCGUGCGCCAGGGCCUCCUCACGCCGCAGAAGAAGGUGAUCUGCACCACUAAGGAGUUCAACCAAUACCGGGAGUAUCUGACCACGGUGAAGCUGGACUGGGAGAAGAGCUUCCUGCGAGAGCAGAAGGAACUGGUGAGGAAGUUCCUGGUCCUGCAGGAGAAGAAACAGAUCCCACCAGGAAUAACUGUGUGCCACCUGCGGGAGUGGCUACUGGAUUGCGGGAGUGCCGCACGGAUCUGGAGGGCCCGCAAUGGCAGGACUGAAAACCAGAACACCCACAGCUACUCGGAGCUGGCCUGGCGCGAGAGACUGCGUCAGCAGCUGCAGGAGCUGGAGGUGGAGGUCCACAGGGAGCUGCGACUGGAAAGGCGCUGGGACAAGAAGAAGGCGCCGAAGCAGGACAUGCGCUUGGCAGCAGUCCCAGAGGAAGCCCGUGUCCACAGCGAGGCAGUGAGUCAGACAGAGACCCAUCGUUCCUCGGCUCUCCCGUCUCGUGCAACAGAGACGUCUUCGUCCCCAGGAGAGACGAGCUGCCCCUCAGAGCCGUCCCAGAAGUCUCAGAGCACGCAUCUGACCCACCUAAAAACGAGCAUAGAAGAACAGCUAAGACAGAGAGUCUCCGCGGAGGGGCUGGGCCCCAUCCUGGGGGGCCUCGUGAGAUGGGUAGUGACGGCCGUGAGCGACAUCCUGAUCCCGGCCAUCCAGGAGUUCGAGGAGUCGCCCGGCUGCCCCAGCGACACCUCGCUCCAGUGCUGCGCCAGCGGCCCGGGCUCCCGCCGCGAGCUCAGCCCCCCGCGCGGCGUCGUGGGGAAGCCCUGCUCAGGCGUGUCCGGCGGGGCUUUAACAUUCUGGCAGCAUGCCUAG